AUGGGUUCGUCGGUCGGCAUGGGCGGCCAGAUGGCCAAGCUGUCCGCCUUCGUGUACGGGUGGACGCCGAUGAUCCUGCUGGCGAGCUACUGCGUGAUCAGCUUCUUCUUCUACAUUGUGAUCCCGCCGAUCCUGCAGGCGGUGCUGUUCUACAUCUACCUGGUGCUGCAGACGCUCACGGCGCUUUCGGUAUCGACCGAGGCGCUGCAGUCGGUGCGUCCCUCUGUCAAGGCGCGCCGGGCGUUCCGCAAGGCAGCCAAGGAGGGAUGGGGCGAGACCGAGGGCGGUAAGCAGUGGCCGAGGAUCGACGUGGUUCUGGUGGCCUACCUGCCCAACGAAAAGGACAUUAUCAUGCGUCAGCUGCGCUACGCACUGCGCGAGAUCAACUAUCCCGCCGACAAGCUCAUGAUCAAUCUGGUCUACAACACGCCCAAGCCGAUCGAGCCGGUGGAGAGCGAGUUGCGCGAGCUCGAAAAGUCGCACGCCCGACUGCGCGUGAUCAAGGUGCCCAACUCGACGUCCAAGGCGGACAACAUCAACCACUACCUCUCGCUCGACUUCAAGUGCGAUAUCAUCACGCUCUACGACACGGACCACUACCCGGAUCCGAACGCACUGCGUUGGGUGGCUCGACGAUUCUUGCAGGGUGGUAUUGAUAUCAUUCAGGGUCGAUGCUGCGUAUACAACUACGACGAGACGUGGUUGACCCCGCUUGUGGCUGCCGAGUUCGACAUGAUCUACGGCGUGAUGCACAGCGGACGUGCCGAGGUGCAGGGGUACGGAUUCUUCGGUGGAUCCAAUGGACACUGGAACGCCUCGUUGCUCAAGACGCUCGGGAUGCAGAAGCACAUGCUGACCGAGGAUAUCGACAGCUCCAUGCGAGCCAUCAUCUCGGGUGCACGCAUCGAAUACGACCUCAAGGUGCUCUCGUACGAACUGGCUCCCGAAACCGCGCCUGCGCUUACAAAGCAGCGCAUGCGAUGGGCGCAAGGCUGGACGCAGGUUGCCUUCCGCCACGCCCUACCCGCCGUUCGUCGAGGUGCCUACUCUGACGACAACGGUUGGCGCUCCCGCCUCGGUCUCUUCCAACUCCUCGUCUACCGCGAGGCGUACUUCUACAUCAACACGCAGCUUCUCUUCAUCCUCCUCAGCUCGCUCGUUCUCGCCUUGCCGCACGAAGGCCUCAAAGCCUGGUUCACCAACUUUGGCGGCUUUGCGAUCGCCAUGUGGGCCCUCGGCAUCAACCUCAUCUGCCUCUUCGUCACCAUCUGCAUCACACUCAAGAACCGCUCCAACUUCACGCACCCGCUCGGCAUCAUCGCAUUCGGUCUCUUGGCGCCCUUCUACUACAGCAUCGUCAGCUUCAUGUCCAUCUUCUGCCACUUCCGCGAGUUCAUCAAGUUCGAAAAGUGGAACCCCACCGCAAGAUCCAACAAGAAGUGA